CAAAUAAUAAGUUAGGGAAAAGGAAAGGAAGGAAAUUAAAUUACUACAACAAAAUAGGAUUAGAUUGAGCCAAAACCAGAAGAGGCCAAAAACCAAAACCGUUAAGUUCGUUAAGGUAAGGAGAUCACAAAAAGCUCAGAAGAAAUACCAAAGGAAAAUAUCAAAAAUUCAAAAGAAAGGGGAAAAAACAUUGAUUGAUUAUCAUCCAAAGGUGGAUUUACAGCAAUGGAGGUGAGCAGCCAAAUGUUGCAGAGAUCAUCGGUUUCGUUCCGGCGUCAGGGCUCUUCCGGACGGGUCUGGGAGAAUCUCAACGCCGACCGAAGCGGCCCGCUUUUGAACGUCAGCGACAGGAGCGGCCCGCUUCUGACCUCUUACAGCGGCCCGAUUUCCGCCGGCACUCCGACGACGGCCGGGAGAAGGAGCCACGAGAUUCAGCUGCUUCGGAACAUAAGGAGCGGCAGAGAAGAGAAGUUCCAGCCCUCGCACGAGAAUCAUCGUCAUAGGGAUUCCGGCAGCGGCGGCGGCGGUAGUGACGGAUUGUCAAGGGUGUCCUCUUUGCCGAUCCAGUUGCCGACCGGGGAUCAGAAGUACCGGCGGCGAAACGGAGGCGGCGCAUAUUUCUUCAUCCGGUGCUGUACGGGUUCUCCUCCCACUGCUUGAUAAUUGGAAAUGAUGAUGAUGAUGAAGAAUAUUAUUAUUGUUAAAACUGUAUCAUAUUAUUCCUUAAUUUUCUUAUCCGCCAUUGGUUCUUUUCCUUGGAUAUGUAUCUCUCUCCGGUUUUGGACUCGUUCAUUUCCUUUCUUUCCAUUUCAUGAUCCAUUGGGGGAACUUCAUGUGCUCGAUUGAAAUUUGUGAUUCAUCGGAUCGGAUUCGUUCGCAAAUCGCAAUACAACAUUCACAAAAUUCUCUCAUAUUGUAAAAUUUGUUCAUAAGUUGGCAUAUAUGGUAAAAGUUAAACAUUGAUCUAAUUCGUGUUAGGACCUGUUGAUAGAACAUAAAUGAUUCGAUCACUCUCUUUGUUUGCGAAAAAAAUUGUUUUUGAAUUAACAAUUCUAUCACACUAUCUAAUAUGGAUCAAAGAAAGUUAGAUUGAUUGAAAGAUGGUUAUUUUUCGAAGGCUCUCAAGAAAGCACAAAAAAAUGGAGUCAAUAUUCGCGUUCUCAAGCACAAUUCUCAUCAAUUUCUAUCACGGGAGGCUAGAUUAGCUGAAAGAUGGUUAUUGGACCCGAGAAGUCCAUGCUUUUUCGGACAAUAACAAGAAGAGUUCAUAUAAAGGCACGGUGCAAUGAUCCAACUAAAAUUCAGAGUAACUUGGUUGUACUUCUUUGGCAUCUUUUAUUUCAACCACUUCUACAAAACCAUAUUCUGAUAAAGAACGAAGAAUCCCAAUAUACAGAUGCUAAAGAA